UAACUUUUGUUUUCUGUAAUUUUCACAAAUGGAAGAUAGUACCAGCUCACCAAAAUUUAAGGUAGUAAUGGGGUCAGGUCCGUCCCAGACAAUAAAAAGAUUGAACAAAUCGCCUGAAAAUUAUGAACAGUUGACUAAAAUGAUCAAAUCAAAACUCAGCGAACGCCUGUUCAAUAAUCACCCAUUCUAUAUUUAUUACGAAAAUAUUUCAAAUGAAAUGAUUAAAAUAGAAGAUGAUAUAGACUUAGAAUGAGCCAUUGACUCUUGAACAGGUAAAGAGAAACACUCAAUCAAGUUACACAUAUACCUUGAACCAAUAGAAAAUAGCAAAGAGCAAAGUGAUUACAAGUCUACUGACCCUGAUAGACCAAGUGAUGAUAAUUACAGUGACUUUUGAGAAAGUGAAGAAAUAAAAAGGAUAUUGCAAGACCAUCCUUUUAGACCUGGAGAGCUACAGCAAAUUGGCCAAUUAUAUAAAGAUUCUAUAGCUCGAGCUAGAGAAGAACUAACACGGCUUCAAAAUCAGCAGCAAAUUCAUCUUCAAGAAAACUCUGAUCAAAAUGAAAAAGGUCAGCCAGACCCAUUAUCCCUUCUGGUAAAAGAUACUGAGAGUGAUUUCAGUUCAUCUUCUCUCUAUGAAGAGAGUGAAGAAUCUGAAGAGGAUUCUGAUAUAAAAGAUAUUGAGAAUCAUAAUCCUUCUUUCUUACAGUACUCAAACGAAGAGGAGAAGCUAAAGUUUGAACCAAAACCUGUCCAAAACGAAGGAGUUUUAUCAGAAAUUCCCCAGCAAAGCCCUCAAAAAUUGCCAGAGUCUGUAAAUCCAGAGGGGAGGCACUCUGUAAAACAAAUGGACGAGUUGAAUGAGUUACAGCAAGAAUUCUCAGACAUUAAAAUUUCCCAUAUAAGUCCAGACCCACCUGGUCAGAAGAAGCCAAAGCUUUGCUGAGAAAGGCUCUCUUUCAAUGCAAAAGAUGGGAUUAUCAAGAGGAACUCUGAAUCUGAAUCCGAAGACUUUCAAUCUGACAAAAAUGGAUUUAGUUGCCAUAGUCAGAGAUUUAAAGGCAAUGAAAUGUACCAGCAUGAAGUGAACAGUGAAAUGCCAGAAUGAGUGUUUAGAAAUUCUUCAUUAUCAGACCCAAGCAAGCUUGAAGAGGAAAAGAGCGUAGCAAUGAGUAAACAGAUGGACGUUCAAUACGAUGUUUAUGAAAGUGUGUUUGCACGAAGAAUAUGUAAACUAGCCACAGAAGAACUCCCACGCAUGUCUCCAUUAAAAACUUUUGGGUCCUUCCUCAAGACUUCCUUUGUCGGAAUGGAUGAAGAAGAAGCAGACCAGCUCCUUCGUGUUGACGAAGAAAUUAUUGAAUAUAGUAAUGAGGACAUCAUAAGUGUUAAGCCUGGCAGUGUUGUGAGAAAGUGCUGGAGAGUCAAAAAUAUCGGAACAAGACAAUGGCCACAAGAUACCAGACUUGUGUCUGUCACAGAUAAUCUCUUCUUCAUUGGACCUCAAAUUCAUCAGUUCCUCAAACCUGGGGAGAUGAUGGAUCUCGGUAUUAAUAUCUAUAUCAAUCCUCAAGAAGAUGGUGAUAAUAAUAUCCAGGAGUAUAUCGUAAGGCUGUACUCUAAGCAAUACAAAUGAUUCGGACAACCAAUGAUCGCCACUUGUCACAUAGAUACUAAUUUAUAUAACGAAUCUCUCAAAAACCAGAACGAAGAAGAUUUGAAAUUCAUAAGAGUAGUUUCUGAAGGGAAAUUGGUUGAAAACUACGAAAUUGCAAGGAAGAUCAGCAUCAACGAAGGCGAUCCUUUUGAGGCUACAGUGUUUAACCUAUGCCAAGGCGAUAACUAUAAACAUCUUAAUUGCUAAUCAUCAUUGCUCUCAAAAAUU